CUUCCGGACUGUGCGGUCCACAUGCAGGAAGUGAGUUUUCAUCGACUUUUGCAGCCUCCCAGUGUCCGUGGAAAUCAGGAACUCCAGCUGUGAGGAACGGAGUCUUAAUUACACAUCACAUGUUCUGUAUUCUCUCUGAUUCACCGAGGAUGGACAAGGACAGGAGUCACAGGACUGAGAGUAUAAUAAAAAUCACCCUGGAGAUCAUCUAUCUACUGACUGGGCAGGAUUACACAAUAGUGAAGAAGACAUCCAAUGAGUAUGAGACACCCAGCAGCCAUCCCCGUGUAUCAGGAGGACUGAGUAGAACCCACAGUCCAAUCACGGUGCCUCCACCUCACUCACUGACACAUGAGAGACACCAUGACAAGAAGAUCCUGGAACUCGCCAACAAGAUCAUUCAGUUGCUGACUGGAGAGGGUGAAGCACAAUUAAAUAAUAUUAAAGUCAAAGAUACAGAGGGAGAAGAAGAGACGUAUGUGACUGAUAUAAAGGCAGAAGAUAUAGAGGGAGAAGAAGAGACGUAUGUGACUGAUAUAAAGGCAGAAGAUAUAGAGGGAGAAGAAGAGACGUAUGUGUGGAGUGAUCAGCAGUGUAAGGACGAGGAGAUCCCUACAGUUAUCAGCACAGAUGGACACACAAGCAGGAAUAUCUCAGAAGGACAUCUAAUGUUAUCCCCGGAUUGUGACAUAAAAGAUAAUGACAGUAGACAGGAUUCUCCAGGAGAUAACCCCAUUACCCCAAUUAUACAUCCAGCUCUAUCAGCUGAUCCCCCUGAUCCUGGGAAAUGUUCUCCUGAUCACUCUGAUAUUGGUGCAUCUGUUACAGCUCUGACAGUAGAUACAGUGUUUCCCUGUUCUAUAGAUGCCAAAUGUUUUACACAGAACACAAAGCCUAUUAACCCACACACAGGUAAGGCAGGUGAAAUACCACUGAUAUGUUCUGAGUGUGGGAAAUGUUUUACACUGAAAUCACAUCUUGUUGUACAUCAGCGAAGUCACACAGGUGAGAAACCAUUUCCAUGUUCUGAGUGUGGGAAAUGUUUUACACUGAAAUCACAACUUGUUGCACAUCAGCGUAGUCACACAGGCGAGAAGUCAUUUCCGUGUUCUGAGUGUGGGAAAUGUUUUGCACACAACUCAUAUCUUGUUACACAUCAAAGAAGUCACACAGGUGAAAGGCCAUUUUCUUGCUCUGAGUGUGGGAAAUGUUGUUUAUUUGAAUCACGUCUUGUUAUACAUCAGCGAAGUCACACAGGUGAGAAGCCAUUUUCUUGCUCUGAGUGUGGGAAAUGUUUUGCACACAAAUCAGCUCUAGUUAGACACAACAGAAGUCACACAGGUGAGAAGCCAUUUUCUUGUUCUGAGUGUGGGAAAUGUUUUACACAAAAAUCACAUUUUGUUACACAUCAGCAUCGUCACACAGGUGAGAAGCCAUUUUCUUGCUCUGAGUGUGGGAAAUGUUUUACAUCUAAAUCACAACUUGUUACACAUCAGCUAUGUCACACAGAUGAGAAGCCGUUUUCUUGCUCUGAUUGUGGGAAAUAUUUUACACGGAAAUCACAACUUAUUACACAUCAGAGAAGUCACACAGGUGAGAAUCCAUUUCCAUGUUCUGAGUGUGGGAAAUGUUUUACCCAGAAAUCAAGUCUUGUUACACAUCAGAGAAGUCACACAGGUGAGAAGCCAUUUUCCUGUUCUGAGUGUGGGAAAUGUUUUGCACGGAAAUCAGUUCUUAUUAAACAUCAGCGAAGUCACACAGGUGAGAAGCCAUUUCCAUGUUCUGAGAAAUCAGCUCUUAUUGCACACAAUAGACAUCACUCAGGUGAGGAACCAUUUUAAUCUUCUGCAGUAUACUCAUCACAGCCAUGCGUUCUUCAAGGUUUUUAUCCUAUCUUCUAUGCUUUUUGCAAUAUACAUGUUACCGCAGUGUGAAAUAAUCAGAUGUCAUGCCCUCAUCUACUGCUAUGCAGAUGACCUGUCUUUUGCUCCGGGUACUGAGAACCCAGUACCAUUCCUAAAUGGUUGUCUAGCUGAGCUCCAGGUGUGGGUGAUGCCAGUUGGCUGUGACUCAGUCCUGGUGAAACAGGUUCUUAUGAUAGAUGCUCACCAACAAAGGGCAGGGCUACAACUCAGCUUUGCAAACCAACCAGACUUACGCUUGGGGGUUCAGAGUUACAAAAUGCUGAUCCUGUGCGGAAUCUUGGUGUACUGGAUGGUGGAGUGACACUUAGACAUCAGGUAUCUGCCACAAUCAGAUCCUUAUGUGAGGAACAUAGCCAGACUCCAGCACUUAUUUCCCUCAGAAGAUCUACCUACAGUAAUACAUGCACUUGUAUCAUCACGCAUAGAGUACUGCAAUGUCCUCUACCUGGGUCUCCCAGCAAAAUAAUUGCACCGUUUGUAGCUUGUACAGAAUGCAGCAGCCAGGCUGUUACCUAACCAGCUCGUUCCUGCCACAUAACACCCAUUCUCUGCUCCCUUCACCGGCUGCCUGUAAGAUGGGGACUCUAUUACAUAAUCUUACUGACUCUCCCAGCCCUACAUGACCAGGGACCAUGGUACCAGAAGCAGCUUCUGCCUCCUUACUGCCCUGCUUGCUUCCAUCUGCAGAUGGACUAUUACCAGCAGUGCCAAAAAUCCCCAAGAAGUUCUGAGAUGCCAGGGAUGAGACAGGGUUGUGGUACUAGUGCUGUAGCGGGGGCUGCUGGAGGCACUGUCUUUGGGUAAUAUUGUCCCCAAGCAGUGCUAAGGUGUCAGAGGGGGAGACAGGGCAGUGACAGUAUUGGGGGAGACAGGGAGGUGGCAGUAGU